CGCCAACCUGUGGUGCAGCGCCAGACAGUGAGGGUGUGAUGAGAGAGUGCUGGAGAGUAGAGAGGCGCGUUGAUCAGGCACACGCAACUGAACCGCGGCACCGCUCGACUCACCCGCAUCUGAAUCCAGGAAGGCGGAAUUCGAGUGGCUAGCGUCAUCAGUGAAUAGCUACAUGGAUGGAGCAUCCACUUGUGGCUAUUAUCGCUUCGUCUGCUGCUGAAUCGAGGAUUCGGGACCGGGGAUUCAAUUCUAUCUCUCGUUUAUUGCAGCCAUUCGCUUCGCAUUCGAUCGCGAUCAGGGAUCCGUCCACAUCUCAACAUGUAAACGCUAGGAUUACUCUCGAUUUUCGAGAUCUCAACAAAGAAGGUCAUCUUUUAACUUUAUCAGUCCUUCCGCAUGUCCUCUAUGAACUUUUGCAACGAAAACCGCAGCUGGCAGAUGCUCUUGAAAGUUUCUCUAGCGGAUUGAAACGAUGGGCAGAACCUAUAGAACAAGAAACUUUUCGCACAUACCUUGCGUGUGUUUUCGUUGUGGCUGGAUGUGAGGAGAAUCCACUGAGCGAACUUAGCAAACUUGUACAAAUUCAACAUACACAGCAGCAUUCAACAGCUGACUCAAAGGUACUAACACCGUCGCAUUGCGCGCCUCCAAAAUGGACCAGUCCAAACACAUUGAAGCAUUACUUCCUAUUACACGAUGUGGGUGUGGAUGAUGAAUCUCGGUCGACAGCGGUGUUCAAUGAAAUGUGCUCUACCUAUGGAAUAGAUUCUUGCCAGAUGUUACGCGUUGGUGAGAGUGCAACCUUCGACGAUCUCCCGGAUCCUUGGGACGAUCUUGAGGAAGAGGACGCUAUUCUUGCUGCUGGAUUACAUCGCGCAUUGCAACACGCUGCAGCAUCAGCUAUGGCUCAGCAGAAUUUGGAAAGGAAAUCAAAUGCCGCUGCUAGCGUAUCAACUAUAUCUCCAUCUUAUGCUAUGGUGCAGUCAGCGAAUGUGCCUACUACAGAGCUGAACGGGUUUCCAGCAAAAUCAUCUCCAAUCAAGCGAACACAUAACAUCUCAAACGUGGAUCGGGAAGCUUUAACUAAUGUGACGCAAAAGUUUCUGAAAGAUUGUUUGGUCCCACAUGCGGAAAGAUUGAUGCGUACUCUCUUCGAACAGCUAGCAGCUCGACGAGGUUUAAUAGGAAAAUCUCUAACAAGUGGUAUGAAGAAAUGGUUUGGUGGGGGAUCUGCAAGCAGCCUCACUAAUUUGGCUACAGUGAGUUUUCCGUCUGAAAGUCUUGAGAUGCAAAGUCGUCGUCUUGCUGACCUAGCAUUCAUGUUUGGGUUGUUUUCCUUUGCAUAUGCACAAUAUCGAUCGGUGAAAAAGGAUUUUGAACAUAGUCAAGCAUGGCUCCACCAUGCUGCUGCGACUGAGAUGGCAGCGGUGGCUUUGUAUCUUUCUGAUAGCAGCAUGUCUCCCAAACAUUUUCCGCGACACUAUUUUGAAGCUGCUUUAGAAAAUCAGCUAAAUUAUUCUGGAAAAUACACCACAGUAAUGCGAUGUGCUUUCAAUGCUGCAACCGUGUUGGGAAACCUAUCUUUGAAACGUGAAGCCGCUUCUUUGCUUUCUACUGUUACCACUUUGGAUAACGAUAUGUGCGUGGCUGUUACCCAUUCACUUGCAUCUCGCUAUUUUGAAGAAGCUAAGUUGAUGAGAAAGGCAGCUUUCUACCGUGUCUUGGGAGGCAAUCGCUUCAUGAAAGCGGGAUUGAAGCAAAAUGCUCUAGAAUGUUACCGACUUGCACUGCAUAAGUAUGUCAACACAAACUGGGAUUCCAUCGAGGAUCAUCUUGCUGCUAUCCUAUCUGCUGACACGACCGACAGAAAUGUGGCAAUUGAUUGUGCGUCUCGUCUUCUGAGAGAGAACGACACACAGACCGAUACAUCCCACGCAGCUUUUGUGGAUAACUUUGUAGAAACAUUAACGAGGUUCAAAAUCGGAGAGGAGUUAGAUCCCGUUCACUUACCCGUGCCUUUGAUGGAUGUGAAUUCGGUCAGAGUAAUAUGCGGAGAGCGCCCACAACCUGAUGACGCUUUUGUUAACAACACAGUGAUUUGGAUUGAUUUAGAACGAGCUGCUUUCCAUACACUGGCAGGAUCGUCAACAGCUUUUCGUCCUAUCCAUCUUGUAAGUGAUAAUGAGACGGACAAUCAGAGAGCUCGUAGUACACCUCCAGAUGAAAGAUUCCGCGUUGAGUUUGGUCUAAGAAAUCCGUUGAAGUCCUCAUUAACUCUCAAGAAUGUGAGACUUGGAAUGACUGAUAUCCAUAUGAGGGAAGGCUUUGAAAAAGAACGAUCGUUUUCUGAGCAAGAAGUUAUCUCUAGUUUAGAGUUUCGUCCUGAGGAAUUCAAAAAGGUGACUCUUUGGGUGCGUCCCACUUCUCAUCUUGCAAGUUUUCGCGUGGAAAGACUGCUAUUCGAAGUCGUUGGUUCUGCCGGGAAGUCCAUAUGUGGUUACUUACCCAUUAGUGUCAGAGGAAAACGAUUGAACAAAAAUGCGAAACAGAUGAAAUCAGUCGUGUAUGCGCUGGAUGAGCGACUCCAUGCAACUGUUGCGCAAAAGAGUUGGCCUCUUUUGGACUUUCGGGUGUCAAGAAAAAAUCAGCCGCAGAUAUACUGUGGACAAGCAGUGACCAUGGAUAUCGAAGUGGAAAAUAUAGGUCGUGAGUUGGUGACCGGCCUGUGUCUCGCUACGGAUGGUGUGGAUUGUACAAAUGCUUCGCUUUCAGAUAAAAGUGGCAAGAGAAAGAUUAUCACUUCAUGUUAUGCUCCUACAUGCAGCGCGGUGCGAACAUUUGAUUUUGGUAAUGUCCGCAUUGCUGUCGGAGAGCGGAUGAGGCUCUACAUAACAGUAAGAGCACCAGCUUUUUCCUAUGUAGAAACAAAUGUCGGUCUGCUGUUUUUUUAUCGUGGUGAAAGUCACACAUACAGAGAGUGGCGAACUGUUCUCACACUGGAGCCGACUCCGCUGUUUGAAGCAUCAGCAUCAGUCUUAGACGAAACACAUGGCAUUGUUGCUAUAAAUAUGAAAAACGUAAUUCUGGCAAACGACGCAGCACUAGCCCGCUGUGAGGUGAUGCGCAUUCGCCUUGUUGAGCAGCGAAUGGAUAACAAAGGUCAUUGGAAUGAGACAGAUGCUUCUUAUAUGCUUCAACCAAUGAGGAUAGGUGCAGUGCAACUUGACUGUGAACAAUCAUGUAGCGUUGGAGUGUACAUAGUGAUGCCAAAGAGUGGCAGUUCGAAAGUUGAAGGAAUGGGCAAGUCCAGCUGGUGCCUCAGCGCAUUGCCUCCGGAUCUGCCUGCUUGGCCUCCAGGUCUUCCUGACUGUGUUAAAAGUGCUGAUGAGACGUCUAUGCUUCCCGAAAAUUAUGUACAGGUGGCCGUUCUGUGGAAGGCGAGCGUUGUUAACAAUGAAGGACAUGUAUCCUCUAUAGUGGGGGAAACGUUCAUUGACGAUUCUUCGCUGAACUCUUUCCUGAAAUCCUCUGAAAAGGGUUGUAUGGCUGCUUCGAUGUCUGAUCCAGUGAAGAGUGAUCGGGUAGGAGAUCAGCUUGUGGAAGGAAGUCCACUUGUAAUUACGUGUCGCUCAAUCAAACCGAUCAUUCAUAGUUUUACUAACAACAGGCUUUCGCAAUUUCCCUUGGAAGUGGCUGUAACUAAUGUGGAUGAAAGGAAACGCUUUGCCUCGAUCACUUUGAAAUAUUCUCCAAAGGUUCACGAAGCAGUGUCAUCUCUAACACAAUUGCCUCCUGAGAACCGGCAGCAGUGGUGGAUCGAUAGAGAAGUUGUAAAGGCUGUUGUUGAGAAUGGACGCACUGAAUUGUUCCGAUUUAUCAUCAGUGUUUCGCAGCCGUCAGUAUAUGAUGUAGCUGGUUCACAACUGGUGCUGGAGGCAGUUUUCAGCGAUGGUGAAACAAGAACAUUCAAGGUUCCGAAUACUCUUGCGGUGGUUAUUCAAGCAUUGAGUCACUCAUUUUUUCUUAAUUUACGGAUUGUGCCAAAAAUGGCUUCGCAGACUCAAGGGAUUCAACAGUUGUUGGCUGCUGAAAAGAGAGCUGCUGAAAAGAUCAAUGAGGCUAGGAAGAGAAAAUUCCAGCGCAUGAAACAGGCUAAGCAGGAAGCCCAGGCUGAAGUGGAAAAGUACCGUCAGGAGCGAGAACAGAAGUUCAAACAGUACGAGCAGACGUACCUAGGAACUAAAGAAGAUAUUGAGAGCAAGAUUCGUCGUGAUACUGAGAAUGAAAUUGAAGCAAUGAAGAAGAACGUUCUUGCACAUAAGCAACAGGUGAUUGUCCGUCUUCUGCAAUUAGUGUGUGAUAUCAAGCCAGAACUGCAUCACAACCUGAUCCUGCAAAAGAAACUUCACGGACAGUUCUCAUAAAUUUUUUGCGGAGAAGCUUAAUACGUUUAUGCGAUCUAUAUCCCAUCAUUGUGUCUGCCGUCAUUCCACAAAUGUUUGAUCAGUAUGUGAUACGCUACCAACUUUUGUUUCGAAAGACUUGAAAUUGUCUACUAGCAUCAGGAUCGAUACUUGCUUCUUCGAUGUAUGUCUUUGUACAGUUCAAAUAGUGAACUCGAGAUAAAUCUUACACUAGUU